ACGGAAACUGCUUCUCUGACUCUCCAGCUGCUAAGAGACAGGGCCGAAUAUUUUUGUUCAAGCAGAAACAUGACCGCAACAGAGCAUUCUUUGAAAAUCUUACUGACAGACCCUACCUCCAGAGAAGGCAUGGAGGAGGGGAGAUCUGGUAAACAUCUCCAGAGAAAAUGUCUAGCAAUCAUAACUCCUGGAGCCCGUGUCACACUUCAUUGUUGCCUCAUCAUUAUUGUCAUCCUACUUAUAAUUGUGAUGGUUCUUUCCACUUUGGUGGCAACGAGAAGAGCAAACCUGGUCUCCAAUGUUCUGUAUGUUACCUGCCCAAAAGGAUGGAUUGGAUUUGGAAAUAAGUGUUUUUAUUUUUCUGAAGACACAAGGAACUGGACAUUCAGCCACACAUUCUGUACUUUAUUAAAAGCUGAUCUUGCUCAGUUUGAAACCGAAGAGGAGCUGAACUUCCUGAAAAGAUACAAAGGCCCAUCUGACCAUUGGAUUGGCCUUAGCAGAGAAUCAUUACUUCAUGUUUGGAAAUGGACAGACAGCACUGAAUAUAAACCCUGGUUUGCCAUCAAAGGAGUUGGGGAAUGUGCCUACCUGAAUGACAUUGGAGUUAGUAGCGCCAGGAGCUACAUAGCUAGAAACUGGAUUUGCAGCAAGACAAAUAAUAAUGUCACUGUGUACCUAAAUACUUCAAGAAAUUUUUUUUGA